AUUUUGGAUUCCCUCCCCUCUUCCUUCUCGCCGGUUUUGUCCCUCUUCGGUCGCGUCGUCCCCCCCUUCCAAGCGAAACUUUGGGGCUCGCUUCGACUCCAAGCGUAGUAAACACGACCGGAAAAGCGCAUCGUGGUGCCUGCGGGGCCGCCGACGUCGCGAAUGUCCUCACCAGAGCAGACCGAAUUGCUGGCUACACCAUGCGUUACGUGCCGCGAACAUCACCUGAAAUGCGAUCGCUCGGUCCCUAGAUGCGGCCGCUGUGUCCGUGCCGGUCGCGAGUGCAAACUCGGCUUCAAGUUCAAGCCUAGCAAAGAUACAUUCAGUAGAGACCAAAGAUGGCUGAAGCCACCCCGGGCUUUGAUAUAUGUCGACGAGUCGAGACACCUGGCGACCGGAAGGCCGCUCGACAUAUCCCAACUGGAGCUUCAUGCUGUUAGGGCUCAUAUGGAGGAUUCGGGCGCGGUCUCUCCCGACACUAUCUCGCCAACACCCAGCAGGUCCAGGCAAGACAAGGGUGCCAGACACCAGCCAGUCGACGUUGUUCGAGCGGGACAUAGGCAUUCACCAAGACGUUACGACCUGCUUCCGUGCGAGAUUAGCCCCGUAACCGAGGGCCAUUCUCGCCGAUACCACCUAGAAGCCGAAGCUGUCAGGGCCGCCCACACGCGAUCCCCAGACUCUACAGACCACACGCUUAUGCCCAUUUCCGGGGAUAUCCCAGGUUCCGAGAUUCAAAACGGCCCGGUGCUGCCGCUCAAGAACCGAACCGAGGCGCUCUUAUUUCGACAUUACAUCCAGAAACUAGCAAUCUGUUUGGACCUAUGCGACCCGUCUCGGCACUUCGAACUCGUCGUCCCCGAGCGGGCCAGGGGGUGUCAUACGCUCCUGAAUGCGAUAUUUGCCAUAGCGGCGAGGCACCUGAGCCAUACGACGGGUUUCGACCCGCUCGCCUCGAACAGGUACCACGACGAGUGCCUCAGGUACCUCAUCCCUAUGUUAGAUCAUGCCUCGACCGUGUCGGACGAGAACCUGUUUGCAGCGACGAUCAUCCUACGCAUGCUCGAGGAGAUGGAUGUUCCAACGACGGGCCAGGACAACUACAGCCACCUGCUCGGCAUCCACGCCUUCGUCAACGUCGGAGACCACUACAUGGUGUCGGGUAGCCUGAGUGCUGCGUCGUUCUGGGUAGGACUGCGGCAAGAAAUAUAUAUCGCCGUGAUAACGCAGCAGCCGGUCAAGGUCAGCCUGGACCACUUCGUGGUGGACCGAUCUUUCGAGCCGGCCGACGACUACACGUGGUCGAAUCGUGCCAUCAUCAUACUCGCCGACGUCCUCAACUUCUGCUUCGGAGAUAGCCCCUCCGCCGUGGGCCACUGGAACGCGCUCAACGAAGCGGCCAAAAAGUGGUCCAUCGUUCGACCUACCUCCUUCAACCCGUUUUUCUACCGGGAGCGUACGCCGACCCUGGCCUUCCCUGAAGUGUGGCACGGGUCGAGCUGCCACGUCAUCGGGAUUCAGCACCAUAUUCUCGCGGAGCUGUUCCUGACCCAGUUCGAUCCCACCAUCCCCAAAGUGGGUACACGUCGUCGGGCAGCGGUAAAGCAAAUGACGCAUCGUAUCGAGACUCUGGUGAGAGAGCUUUGCGGGAUCGGGGUCUGCAACCAGUGGACGCCGCCGAGCAUGUUCACUGCAUGCAUGGGCAUCGCGAUGUUUGGCGACCAUUUCAGCGAACCGGCCGACCAGGAGGCCCUCCUCGACCUCCUCAGAAGAACCGAGGCGGAUCACGCCCGCCCGACAGCGGCUAUACAACAACAACUAAAGAAAGCAUGGGGCUGGAUACCGGAUAAUGACGAAUAAAGGACUUGUGUAUGGAUCGGCCAGGGCACCCGAGGGGGGUUCUGAGGUAGCAAGCGUCGUAGGUGGCUGCUACGUGGACCGCCGAGGGGGGGGAGGGCACUCGAGGGGGUGUGACCUUUCACGGCAGCCUCACAACCGCCCCAGACUACCGAAUCUGGACGGGCCCGCAUUCCCAAGGCCCAUAACGCGGGGAAUCUAAUGGGUUCUAGAGCGAGCAAAUACCGAGAAAAAAAAAGAAAAAGAAAACGAAGAAAAAAA